AUGGGGACCUGGAUUUUGUUUGCCUGCUUCCUGGGAGCAGCCUUUGCUAUGCCUCUACCACCUCAUCCUGGGCACCCUGGUUAUAUCAACUUCAGCUACGAGAACUCACAUUUUCAGGCUAUCGCUUUUGAUGGGACUGUAUUAGUGCUUACCCCUCUGAAGUGGUAUCAGAACAUAAGGCAUCCGUACCCUUCCUAUGGUUAUGAACCCAUGGGUGGAUGGCUGCACCACCAAAUCAUUCCCGUGCUGUCCCAGCAGAAUUCCCCAAAUCAAGCCCUGCAGCCUCAUCACCACAUCCCCAUGGUGCCAGCUCAGCAGCCUGUGGUUCCCCAGCAACCAAUGAUGCCAGUUCCUGGCCAACACUCCAUGACUCCAACCCAACGCCACCAGCCAAACCUCCCUCUGCCUGCCCAGCAGCCCUUCCAGCCCCAGCCCGUCCAGCCGCAGCCUCACCAGCCCAUCCAGCCCCAGUCACCCAUGCACCCCAUCCAGCCCUUGCUGCCACAGCCACCUCUGCCUCCGAUGUUCCCCAUACAGCCCCUGCCCCCCAUGCUUCCUGAUCUACCUCUGGAAGCUUGGCCAGCAACAGACAAGACCAAGCAGGAAGAAGUGCAGCCAGCAGCCAGGAACCAGAAGCUUGACCAUAGUAGCCCUGCCCAAUUCGGCUGUACAAAUGUACAAAUGACCAGAAAACCUGAGCUGAGUGCCCAGCCUUUGGAGCAAAGUGUCACCAUCCAGGCAGCCAAGCUCCUAAAGGGAGGUCACUUGGCCUGUCUCAAGGACUUCUCAGUGGGCUGUCGACAACUUCAUAUCACAUCAGAACCUAGUAGAAAGGCUAAAGCUUGUUUUUCAGAGAAACAUUUCCUACUAAUCUGCUACAACAAAUUCACUAACAGUCCCUGCAGAAGCCUAGACUCAAGGUCAAUUGAUAUGAUUGAAGGCUAUGAAAAAGCAAAGAUGCAUUUACAACAGAUAAAAAGCAAAGAUGAAUUUAUAACAGAUAACAAGCCCAAGACCCCCACCCAAUUCAAUAGCAGCUCUCAGAGUAUUACCACAGUUGAACUCGAAGGGCCCACAUUCAAUGUAGGAUGGCCUCCAGAAGGGACGUUAGAUGCUCCAAUAGUGCAGCAGGUUUGGCUAAUAGUCACUGGGAACCCAGGCCACCCUGAUCAAUUUCCGUACAUCGACUCCUGGCUUGAAAUUGCCCCAAAUCUACUGCCUUGA